GCGGGGCGCGCGGUUGCCGUGGAGACCGCGGCCAUGGCGGCGCUUGGGCGGCUAUGCAGCAUCACCCGGAGCGUGGAGUGGGCCGUCUCGCCCGAGUCGUCUGUCACAGCCAGGACGCCAGUGCGCGUCGUUUCCUCCAUGUCCCUCGAGCUGCCCUUCUCGCCGGGGCAGGUUGCAGAGCUGCCGGGCAAGAACCCGUGGGAGCAGAUCUGCGAGGAAUAUGAAGCUGAGCUGCCCGCCUUUCCAGAAGGAUAUAAAGUCAAACAAGAAGCUGUGACUACUGUGGCACCAUUGGAGGAAAUGGCUUUCCAUGGCUUCAAUGCAGAACACAUUUAUUCGGUCCCUCGUUUAGCCAAGGUCUCAGAAGUACCCUGUUCUCAACCUAAACUGGAAGCAAUCAAUCCAAAAACUUCCCCACGUCUGUCUUCCAGACUGAAAGAAGCAGAAGGAAACUUCAAGGAAGAAGGGGCACCAGAAAUCAAGAAAGUAGAACUUUCUCGGAGAUCUAGGAAAAGAACCAGAUUCAUUGCCUGUGAUUUUCUGACUGAAUGGUUAUACAAUCAGAAUCCAAAGAAGAUAGGGGAGCCAUUCACAGAAUUCUUCUCCAUUCCAUUUGUGGAAGAGUGGCUGAAGGAUCACCCACGGCCGGCAAUCCCACUCUCCCUCCUGCUGACAGAAGAAGCAGCCGCGCUCUACAUCCAGUCCUUCUGGAGAGCAUAUCUGGUUCGCUGUGAUCCUGAGAUCCAAGGAUUGCGGCAAUGGCAGAAGAAACUGCGCGAGGACAAGUACAUCCGCCAGCGAGUCAACGCUUUCUGGGCCAAACAGGAACAAAAAGUGAAGUGCAAAAUGGAGGAUGAGGAAGAGGCUGCAGCAAAGAUUCCACAAACUUAACAGCUGUCGGUAUAUUUUCCCCUCAGUGCUCCACCCCCCGCUAGAGGAAAUGUUCACAUUAUGCUUUCUGUACUGUGAUUUCUUUAACGACUAGAUUUGGUGCAUUAGAAUACAGAAUCUUUCCCGCACAAGAUAGGAUUUGUUGCAAACGUGCUUUAGGGACAAACAGUUUAUCCUAAGAAAGUACUAGUUUUAACUUCCUGUAUUAUCCCCCAGUUUUAUUCUUUCAUCCACAUGUUUGUUCAGUGCUUCAGUACUCUUCUAUACCAACCACCGCUAAAAUGUACAAUGAACUCUGUCUAGUCCGAGAGAUGCUACCGUGUUCUACUUACCAAUUUCCCACUUCUGGCCGCCUUUGCAAAGACCCAAACCGCUGCAGUGGGUUUUAAAUUCAUCUGGUGAGUAGUCUUUUCAUAAAAAGACAUUACUGCCUGUGAUCAUUUCCCGAGGAGACUGACCCUUAACUUUGACUGCAAACCCAACAAGACACUUAAACCCAGACAAUGACAAAGAAUUUUUGCUGUCUAGGCCCCGAAGCAGAAUAGAAACCUCCUCAUUUUAUGACUUAUUACCCUCCAUUGUUCUGCAGUUUGCCGCUAACCAGGACUUCCCUGUUCAACAUGCUACAGCCUCUGGGCAGAUCUGAGAGCCAAGCAGUUGCACUGGGUUGUUUAGACAAGCUACCACACGUCUUAAGUAAAUAGUAAAGCCUUUAUUUUUGUGUUAAGAACAGCAUUUUGAAAAUAAAACCUAUCCGCCCAUGCUUUACAACAUUUUAAAUUUGUAAUAUUUAUGUACAGUCAUUUAUGGUACACAUUGAUUGUCUCGAAAUGUCUUUUAACGGUUUUUUUUUAAUAAGUAUGCAACAGUCAGCGAGGCGAGGAUAAAGGUACAUUAGAAAACACACAUUAAUACAUUUAAUAAAUAUAUAUUAUCUAUCAAA